GAGAGAAAGAGAGAAUGAGUGUAGUCGGUGUUAUCGUACAUAACGGCUGAGCAAUGGUCCGUCAGAUGUAGGUAGAUUUAGAUAAGAUUAAUCAAGUAUAUUGAAAUCGUACGCAGUCGUACGAAUUCCGAGUGUUUCGGCCAUAUCAUCGGUGCAAGAACGAGGAUAAAAGAUGUCCGGUUUUGACGAAAACCCCUUCGGGGAACCUACGAUCAACGAUCCCUUUUCGGAUCCAGCAAUACGAAGAGCCGUAACUUCUACACCUGCUAGUAGAGGUCUUGAAGACUAUAAUCCUUUUGCUGAGCAAGGCACUCAAGGAACUACACAAGUCAGAGGAGCAGUGAAUCCGCCAAUCUAUGGUGGAGUUGGUGCAACGCAGCAACCAGCCACACUUCAACCUACUAAUCAAGAAGCACCUCCUCCUGCAUAUGCUCGCACUCCCCAGCAAACAGUCAAUGCUGCGCUUGGAAAUUCUUUGUCACCUUCAUCAGAUCAACGAGCUGAACCAGAAUGGAAAGCCAGAGCAGAAGAAGAAUUAAGAAAUACUCCUUACUAUCCAAGGCGAAAUAAUUGGCCACCAUUACCAGAUAAAUGUUGUUUUCAACCGUGCUUCUAUCAAGAUAUUGAUGUAGAAAUUCACACUGAUUUUCAAAAAAUAGUGAGGCAAUUGUAUUAUCUUUGGAUGUUUCAUGGAUGUGUUCUGUUGUUGAAUGUAAUUGGAGGAUUUGUCUUGAUGCUUUGUAAUCAGAAUUUUUCAGCAUUUGGUCUGGCAAUCUUGUAUCUUAUACUCUUUACUCCAUUUUCCUUCAUGUGUUGGUUUAGACCAGCAUACAGGGCUUUCAAGAAUGAUAGCUCUUUCAACUUUAUGGUUUUUUUCUUCGUCUUCUUCUUUCAACUUAUUGUCACAAGUAUACAGGCUAUAGGUAUCCCUGGUGCAGGCACUUGUGGUAUAAUAACAGCGAUUAGUACGCUGGACUCGACGGCUGAAGGUGUCUUUGUUGGUCUCCUUAUGCUCUUCAUUGCUAUUGGUUUUCUGCUUGCUGCAGGUGGUGAUCUCUUACUGCUCACUAAGAUUCAUCGCAUUUAUCGUAAUUCCGACGCGAGUGUUACAAAAGCGCAGCAAGAGUUUGCUACAACAUUUUUGCGAAACGAACAUGUGCAAAACGCAGCGAGCAAUGUUGCAGCAAGUGCAGUUCGUUCACAAAUGGCUAAUGCUAACCAGCCACGUUAUUAAAUAACUAUCAUCUAUUUGUUCUUUGGAUAUACACUAUAUUCUGGCUUUACAUCAUUCAAGUAAGUGGAUAGAUCUCAUUAGUUCCACUGUUUACAGAUUAUGCAAAACAAUCAUAGAAAUGCAAUGUAUUUGCAAAACUUAUUCUUACAAUGAAACACUGUAAUAUAUGAAAAUUGUGCUUCACGAUUAAAUUUAUUCUCUGAUGUA